AUGCAGUUGGAGUCAGUUGAAUGCAUGCUAAGCAAUACCAGUUGUGAUGGAGAGGUACCAAAUGAGAUGGAAAGUCCCUGCCAGGAGACUGUUCAAGUCUCAAUAACAUCCCUGGGUGUGGCUACAAAUCCAUCAGAGACCAAUAUGCAGUUGGAGUCUGUUGGAUGCUCCUUAAGUAAUAUCAGUUGUGAUAGAGAGGUACCAGAUGAGAUGGAAAGUCCUUGCAAGAAGAAGACUCAAGUCUCAAUAACAUCCCUUGAUGUUGCCACAAAUUCAUCAGAGACCAAUAUGCAGUUGGAGUCAGUUGGAUGCUCCUUAAGUAAUACCAGUUGUGAUGGAGAGGUACCAGAUGAGAUGGAAAGUCCAUGCAAGGAGACGACUCAAGUCUCAAUAACAUCCCUGGGUGUGGCUACAAAUCCACCAGAGGCCAGUAUGCAGUUGGAGUCAGUUGAAUGCAUGCUAAGCAAUACCAGUUGUGAUGGAGAGGAAUCAGAUGAGAUGGAAAGUCCCUGCAAGAAGACUCAAGUCUCAAUAACAUCCCUGGAUGUUGCUAUGAAUCCAUUAGAGACACAAAUGUCCAUGCUUGAGGUAAGCUUUCUGAGGAAGAGUCCAUCUACCACUGGUUAGACACUAAGGGUUCUGUUUUGUCUCAGUUGACUCAAUAGUUUUUAUUCCAUCCUACAAAACUCUUUUUUAUUGUUAAUUUAUGAUAUACCAUCACUUGUACUUGUUGCAUUUUUACUGCACUUCUUAUUUAGAAUUCUAGAAGUCUGUUGAAAUAGUGAUCAAAAUCAAAUUCUAACAAAAGUUCUAUUACCAAUAUGGUAUGUUUAGAAAUUAUGUUAAUGUCACACACCAGAACUUAUGCGUAUUUACUUAAGUUUGUGGCUCUCAAGUGCCAUUGGCCAUUUUGGGCUGAAAACGUUUUUCCUGUUGCAGUUUAGUAGCAUAUAAAGUGUUUUAGCAUGGAACAGCUUUUGGUGCUUGGUGUACUGAGAACAAUUAUAGAAAAAUUUCACUGCAAACUUUAUCUCCAAGAAAGUUAAGUGAGAAGGACUUAAAUGUAAGAAAAAACUAAUUUUUGUUUGAUCCAAUAGGGUGGAUCAUUGGUGUCAAAGUCCAGUGAUAUUAUGUACUGGAGCACGUCACCAGCUGAAAUAACCGAAGGUUGGUAGUUUGUUCUGAAUCAUCUUAAGAUUUCUUGCCAUUUUAUUUCCAUUUUUGUAAAAUGUGCACACAUCAGCAUUAAAUAGCUGAUGUUUGUAAUUCAUUAAGUGUAAAGAGUACAAUGGAAAAUUGCUGUUCCAACAGAAAAUUUUGUAACAUAAGAACUCUCUCUAUGGAUUGAUACUGGUUGCAUUUGAAUAGCUAACAGAAGUCAAUUUGUUUAAUUUGUGAAAUACAGGUGUAUCCCCCAGGUUUGCCUCAAUUGUGUAUCAAGGUUCGCCACGCUCUGAUACUAACGAGAACAAUAUGCAGCUGGAGGCAGUUGGAUGCCCCUUAAGUAAUACCAGUUGCAAUGACGAUGUGCCAGAUGAGAAUGAUAGUUCCAGGAAGAACAAGACUCAAUUCUCGUCAACAUCUCUCAUCAACAUCCCCAAAUUGUCCAUGUUUGAGGUGAGGUUCCUGAGCGGGAGUCCAUCAACCACUGGAAUGAUAAUGUACUAAAGAAUGUUGUGAUAUACAAGCACUUAAACUCAUUGCCUUCUGACUAUUCUUUUAUAUACAAUUAAAGAAGUCAGUCAAAAUAAUCUUAAAAAUUGACUUCUUUUGUGCAGAAAAGUUUUCCUAGUGUUGGUUAGAAGGAUAUAAAGGCUUUUUACUUAGAACAACUUUUGGCGCUUGGUGUAUAGAGAGGAAUUGUAAAAUAAUCACACUACAAACUUUAUCUGUUAGUAACCUUGACAAGAAGUCAACAAUUAAAAAAACUCAUUUUUCUUUGGUAUACUAGGGAAGAUCAUUUGUGUCAAAGGUUGAUGAAAUUGUUUCCUGGAGCAAAUUACCAGCUGAAAUAAACAAAGGUCAGUACUUUUUUUUAUUUUAUUUACGUUAAUUUUUUUAAACAUCUGAAGAUUUCUGGCAGCUUUUUUCCACUUGUGCUAAACAUACACACAACUGUGUCGAAUAGCUGGUUUGUGUAAUCUGUUGAUUAUUUUUGUGUGCAUGAUGAUACAAGACCUGUAAAGUAAGCUUAAAGCCUUAUCCAAAGCUGAGAAAUAUCUCGUGAUGUUCUUCAGUUCAUAUUUUUUGAUGUUGGAACCUCACUGCAAGUACUUUUUGGGUUGAUAGCUCAUUCAAGUGUUGCUACUGAAGAAGAGACAUAGGUUGUUCAUAGAUUAUGAGCAGAAAAUGGAGAAAAACUUCAAAAUCAACAUCCCUCGCAGAAACAUUUCGAAGUUAAGAUCUUUUUGAAAAGUUUUUCUUGUGCACUUUGAAACUAUUUGAUGAAUGUUAAUGCAAUCCCACAUAGCAAGCAAAGAAUGUUAUUUUUUGACCUAAAAAAGAACAUCUAUAUUCAGAGUUUUAAAAAGUUUUUUUUUGCAAUCUGUUUAAUACAGGUGUAUCCCACAUGUGUUCUUUAGCUGUGACUCAGGGAUCACCACACACUGAUAUCAACAAGACCAAUAUGCAUCUGGAGUCAACUGGAUGCUCCUUCAGUAACACCAGUUGUGAUGGAGAGGUACUGAGGGAGAGUGAAAUUCCCAGGGAGAACAAGACUCAGGUCUCUGCAACAUCUGUGGAUGUUUGUAGAAAUCCAACAGAUAGCAAAUUGUCCAGACCAUCCAUGUUUGGGGUAAGGUUGCUGAGGGAGAGUCCAUGUGUUUUGUCUCAGUUGACUCACUGGUUUUUUUCGAAGAACUCUUUUUUAUGGAUAUCUUAUGAUAUAACAUCACUUACACUUGAUCCUUUUUCACCAUAAUUUUGAUUAAGAGUUAGAAAGUUAGAAGUGUGUUGAAAUAAUGUUUAAAACCAAUUUCUGACAACAAUACUAUUGACAUUUUGGUAUGUGUAGAAAUUAUGUAUAUGUCACAUCCCAGAAGUUAAGGUUAUUUACUUUUGAAGCCUCUAUGUGCAUUUGGCCAUUUUUCACACAAAAGUGUUUCCUUAGUGCAGAUUAUAGGCAUAUUGAAUUUUUGUUACUGAAAACAGCUGCUGGCCCUUGCUGUAUUGAGGGCAAUUGUAAAUGAAACAAAACUACAAAUUUUAUCUCUUAGUAAGUUUUACAAGGAAUCAACAAUGAAAUGAAAACUCAUUAAUUUUUCUUUGGUAUGUUAGGGAGGAUCAUUAACACACCUGGAUGUGGCUACAAAUCCAUCAGAGACCAAUAUGCAGUUUGACUCAGUUGGGUGCACGUUAAGUAACACCAGUUUUGAUGGAGAGGUACCAGGUGAGAUGGAAAGUCCCUGCAAGAAGACUCAAGUCUCAAUAACAUCCCUGGAUGUUGCUACGAAUCCAUUAGAGACCAAUAUGCAGUUUGGGUCAGUUGGAUGCUCCCUAAGUAAUACCAGUUGUGAUGCAGAGGUACCAGAUGAAAUGGAAAGUUCCUACAAGAAGCAGACUCAAGUCUCAAUAACAUCCCUGGGUGUGCCUACAAAUCCAUCAAAAACCAAUAUGCAGUUGGAGUCGGUUGGAUGCAUGUUAAGUAAUACCAGUUGUGAUGGAGAGGUACCAGGUGAGAUGGAAAGUCCCUGCAAGAAGAAGAAUCAAGUGGCAAUAACAUCCCUGGAUGUUGCUACAAAUCCAUCAGAGACACAAACGUCCACGCUUGAGGUAAGCUUGCUGAGGAAGAGUCCAUCAACCACUGGUUAGACACUAAGGGUUCUGUUUUGUCUCAGUUGACUCGAUAGUUUCUAUUCCAUCCUACAAAAUCUUUUUAUCGUUAAUUUAUGAUAUACCAUCACCUGUACUUGUUGCUUUUUUACUGCACCUUUUAUUUAGAUUUUUAGAAGCCCGUGGAAAUAGUGUUCAAAAUCAAAUUCUAACAAAAAUUUUAUUACUAAUAUGGUAUGUUUAGAAAUUAUGUUAAUGUCACACACCAGAACUUAUGCAUAUUUACCUUUGUGGCUCUCAAGUGCCAUUGGCCAUUUUGGGCUGAAAACUUUUUUCCUGUUGUGGUUUAAUAGCAUAUAAAGUGUUUUAACUUAGAACAGCUUUUGGUGCUUGGUGUACUGAGAACAAUUAUAGAAAAAUUUCACUGCAAACUUUAUCUCCAAGUAAGUUAAGUGAGAAGGACUUAACUGUAAGAAAAACUCGUUUUCCUUUGAUCUAAUAGGGUGGAUCAUUGGCGUCAACGGCCAGUGAUAUUAUGUACUGGAGCACGUCACCAGCUGAAAUAACUGAAGGUCGGUAGUUUGUUCUGAAUCAUCUUAACAUUACUUGCCAUUUUAUUUCCGUUUUCGUGAAAUGUGCACGCAUCAGCAUGAAUAGCUGAUGUUUGUAAUUUAUAAAGUAUUGUAUGGAAAAAAUGGAAAAAAAAAACAAUGGAAAAUUACUGUUCCAAGGGAAAAUUUCGUAACAUAAAAACUCUGUCUGUCGGUUGAAACUGGUUGCAUUUGAAGAGCUAACAGAAGUCAAUUUGUUUAAUCUGUGAAAUACAGGUGUAUCCCCCAGGUUUGCUUCGAUCGUGUAUCAAGGUUCGCCACGCUCUGAUACUAACGAGAACAAUAUGCAGCUGGAGGCAGUUGGAUGCCCCUUAAGUAAUACCAGUUGCGAUGACGAUGUGCCAGAUGAGAAUGAUAGUCCCAGGAAGAACAAGACUCAAGUCUCAUCAACAUCCCUCAUUAACAUCCCCAGAUUGUCAAUGUUUGAGGUGAGUUUCCUGAGAGGGAGUCCAUCAACCACUGGAAUGAUAAUGUACUAAAGAAUUUUCUUGGUCUCAGUUGACUCAAAAGUUUUCUUCUUAUUCUGCUUCGGAGAACUCUUUUUUAUGGAUAUUUUAUGAUAUACCACAACCCUCUGACUAUGAUUUUCAUUUAAAGAUUUAGAUGUCAGGAAAAUAAAUUUGAAAAUAAAUUUUUGCGCAGAAAAGUUUUUUCUGGUGCGGGUUUAAAGCAUACAAGAACUUUUUACUUAGAAGAACAUUUGGCACUUGGUUUGUUGAGAACAAUUGAAAAUAACCACACUACGAACUUUUAUCUCUGUGUAAGGUUGACAAGGAAUUAAUAAUUUAAAAACUCAUUGUUCUUUGGUGUAUUAGGGAAGAUCGUUUGCGUCAAAGGUUGAUGAAAUUGUUCCCUGGAGCAAAUUACCAAAUGAAAUUAACGAAGGUCAGUGCAUUACCUAGUUUGUUCUUCUUAAGAUUUCCGGAAACUUUAUUUCCGUUUCUGCAUAACUUGCACACAGCAGCGUUGAAUAGCUGUCUUACAAUUCAUCAAGUCUUAAAAGAACAAGAGCAAGAAAAUCGAUGUUCCAUCCGCAAAAUUCCAACCCCUGUUUAACUCCUGUUUCUGGAUUGAAACUGAUAGCAUAUAAAGAGCCAACAAAAGUCAAAUUUUUUUAUUUGUUAAAUGCAGGGUUAUGCCACGUUUGUGCUUCAACCACUUGUCAGGGAUCGUCACACGUUGAUACUAACGAGACCGAUAUACAGCUAAAGGCAGUUGGAUGCUCCUUAAGUAAUACCAGUUGCGAUGGAGAGGUACUAGAUGAGAUUGAAGGAUCUUUUAAGAACAAGACUCAAGUCUUAGGAGCAUCCCUGGUUGUUGGUGGAAAUCCAUCGGAGACUAAAUCAUCCAUGUUUGAGGUAAGUUUUCUGAGGGAGAGUUCAUCUACCAGUGCAAUGGUAACACACUAAGGGAUCUGCUUUGUCCAAAUUGACUCAUCGCUUUUUAUUAUAUCUUAGAAAAGCCUUUUAGAGAUAGGAGACCCUCCAUCGUUUACUGUACAGAGUCCUGUUUCUUCGGCAACAUCCUUGGAUGGAUCGACAAAGUUUGAUUUGGAUACUGCCGAUAUGUCAUCCUUCAGCUGCAACGCAGGGACCUCUAUUGAAAAGAAAACUUGUGACUGCGGUAUUCAAACAGCAGUAUCCCUGGAAUUGGAUACGAAUCCACUCAUUACGAAGUCUUCCAGACUUGAUGACUCAUUUACCGUUGAAUUGGCAUCCCCAAAUGAAGUCAAAGAACGGGAGUCAACUGGGGACUCUCUCAGUCACUCAAGAGUGUCGUUGGGAACUGAUGCGGUGGAAGCUAGAAAGAAUUCCAUUGCGUGCGAAAGGAGAAGUGAGAGUCCAUCUCUCAAUGUACAUCAUGACGAGUGGACCGUGAAUCAGCUUCCAAAGUCACCAGGAUCAACAAAAAUUGAUUUGGAGACAACCGGUAUCAUCUCCUUUUUAUGCGAUGUAGAAACAACAGAAACGAAGCCAUCUCGUUCGAAAUCCUCCAGCUUUGUUUCAAAGAUUUCAACUGGAUUGGAAAAUUCAAAGUUGGUGCCUAAAGGUGGGUGUGGCUUUUGAAAGAGGAUGUAAGGAUUAAAUCAUACCCAACGCCCACUCUUAUGAUUUUGAAGAAACGUCUUUUUCGUCGACAUUCCAAUUUUUCUGGGUUACGAGAUAAAACCUCAAGAUACUCGUUGAUAGAAAGAUUUGUUUCAGGUUCAAAAGUAUGAAUAUUAUGCACAGGUAGCUGAUUUUCUUUUCUUUUUUUAACGUUUAGGGAAAAAAAGGAAACUGAUGCGCAGUGCUCCUGAAUGUUCCUAUUUAAGAUCUGAUGAGCCGCUGCCAAAAGUCCCAUGUUUGUUCACUGAGAUAGAGGAACAUCAAGCUAAGUCUCCAGGAGUAGGGGUGACCAUUGAACAUCCACCUGCAGAGGAUCUGGGUGAACCGACUGACCCAGCAACAUCCACUGGGAAAAAUAUAUCUCCACAAGCUGAAGGUUUGAUAGAAGAGGCAUCUAACCUCUCUUAACAGGAAAAAAAAUUUGUCUUCACGUUCUUUGUAGUCUCUCGUUGACUGAAAUAUUCAAUCGUUUCACGAAAUCGAUACUUUAUGAUUCUAAAAUAUUGACAUUUGAUUUGGGUGGUUUACUCUUUAUUUCCAACUGAUAGGAAAAACAAGGAAGCGAAAGCGCAGUGCUCCGGAAAGUCCAGAUACAUCUGAGAAAGAGUCCUACGAGCCAUUUCGAAAAUCACGAUGUUUUGACAUGGAGACAAAAGAACCUCAAGUUGUGUCUCCACAAGCUGAAGGUGAGAAAGAAGAAGUUUUUGACUGAUCUCAACGGAACAUGUUUAGUUUUGUAUCCAUCGUUGACCGAGGUAUCCAAGAUUGGUUCUUAGUUGUUGACUUGUUUAAGUCACAUCAAUAAUGUUAUGUCCACCCCGGAUGUUUUGGAAAAAUUUGUGGAAUCUAUCAGUGUGAUUCAAUGUUAUUAUGGCUGUGUAAUUUUAUGUUCCUACCGUUUUCCUCUCUAUAUUUAGAGCCGAGAGUUAAAGUGGAAAUUGGAGCUGAUCCCCAAAGUCCAGAAGCUUUGGAGUACGCUCAUUUCUGCCUCAGAAAUGCUUAUCACGCACUCCUUGGUGCUACGGCAAAAAAUGUAACCAUCCAUCCUCAGGUUAGCAAAGCUAGUAUUCAUUUCGAUUGGCACUCAUGAAAUUCAUGGAGUAUCUUCAUAGCACCUUUUGAGCGAGGUAGACCUAGUGCUCUUUGUUACAGGAGGUAUACCAUAUCCUGUGUAUUUUGUUAAAAUUUCGAUCGAUUGUUUGCAUUUUGAAUUAAUAAGGAUAUGUGGGAUAAAUCAUCACAACAGCUAUCUUUUCCCUGAACCAUGUUAGCGAUCACUUGCACAUUCAUUGAUGAAGAUUUUUGUACAUUCAUUAAUGAAGAUUUAUGAGGUCUGUGAAACGAACCUAUUUGGUUUCAGGUUAUUGUUGAGCCUUCUCAGCGAAACAGAGGGCGCAGGAAUCGUAUCAAAAGAGUGUGGAACGGGGAAUCAUUUGUUCCGGAGGUACGUCUUAAUUAAAACCCAAAUGUGGUUCGAGGAGCUCCUUAUGAAAUUGAGAGUUUGUGGAGAGUUUUGUUGGGAUGGGGGAUAGGGCUGCCUCAAUCGUCAAUCUCUUAAAACAAUAUGCACAUUUAACUAUGCCUGAAAUGAAAGGAAGCCAUAAAUGCGCAAAUCAAUUUAGUGUUGCUGUGUACAGUUCAGAUUUUCCACCCCUCACUGGUUUAUUACCUUUGACAUAAUCACAUAAUAGAAAUAUUUCCGAUAUUCAGGUUAAUCUGAAUUUCAUAGCAAUUAUAUCAUAGCAUUACAGAUAUGAUCAGAUAUUUAACUUGAGUAGGAGUACGAGGAGAAUAUUUACAUGCUAUUUUUUGCCAUAGACUGAAGUACGGGCACAAAGUGAACCCUACAAACGGCGACGACGACGAAGAAGGAACUAA